UCUAAAUAAUAUAAAUUUAAAUAAACUUUGCCACGUAAAAUAUUCCUAAAGUAAAAUAAAAAACAAAUCAAUACAGUGUUAAAGAUCUUCAUAAUUACUGGUUACAAAUUCAAAAAAUAAAAAUACUUAUAAAAUCUUAAAAUUAUCAGUUAAAUACUUUUAAGCAGUUAGUACAACGCACCCGAAAAUUGUAUUUUAUAUCGAAGUGUUACCACAAAUUUACCGUCGAAACCCGUGACUUCGCCUGCUCUACCUAUCUUCGCCUAAUUUUUAGUAAGUUAGAUUUGCGAACAUAUUUUUAGUACAAAUUGUGCAAAAUACUACUAAAUACAAAGGAUUUUUUACGUAUGGCAAGAUUUUGCAAAUAAAUUGUGACUUACUUCACACUAUUGGCCACCAUUGCGUUUUUUCCGUGAAAUGGACGACACGUUUUUUUUUGCUGGUGUUUUAACUUCAGUUUUAGGCAGUAUUACAGAACAGGUAAUGUUUAUCUUAUUAUUUUAUUAUGAACUACAAAUAUCUCUCUUUCAUUGGACACUAUUAUUAUCUAUCUUAUUCACGUUUAGAGGCUACAAUUAAAUAAAUAUCAUUGUGUUGGUACUGGUAGCCAUUUUGUUGCCGAACUUCGCCUACUGCUAGGGUUGUCAAUUCCAUUGUUAUUGUCUUUUAUUUAUUAUUAUAAUAUAUAUUAUACAAAUAGUAGAGCUUUUUGCUUUAAAAGUAAGUACAAUUGUGUAAAAUUUUUAUAGAUAUUUUCUUAAAUGGACAAAACAUUUUUUUUAAUAAAUUAUUGGAAAAAAGAGUUCAAGUUUCCGGAUACAUUUGAUAACAAACUGGUUGUUGCAGAAUUACCGACAAUGCAAGCGAAGCAACGCAAUAGGCGGUCAUACACUACAAAACACUCACAGCAUAUGAUAGAUUUGGCAGUAGAUGCGUUACAAAAUAAAACAAUGUCCUCGUACGAUGCAGAGAAAAUUUUUGGCAUACCUCGUCGAACAUUAUUAGACAAACUGCACAAUAAACAUCCUAAGAGUCCAGGAUGUCCGACAAGGCUCAACGACCAAGAGGAAGCUAAUAUAAUUAAAGUUCUAUUAGCAGCGGCAGAAUUCGGCAGUCCUUUGACUCUUCUGGAUUUGCGAAUUGUCGUUCAUAGAUACUUAGAGGGCAAUGGCAGACUUACUAUUUUUGACAACAAAUUACCCGGCAAGAAGUGGGCAUACUCUUUUAUAAAAAGACAUAAAUCUAAAUUAGCAUACAGAGUGGUACAAAAUAUAAAACGAAGCCGUGCAGAAAAAUCUCCUGAUGAAAUGAAGGAAUACUUCACAAAUUUACAGUUAUCAUUGAAAGGUGUUCCUAGUGAUAACAUAUUAAAUUAUGACGAAACGAAUUUAACAGAUGAUCCAGGGUCCCAAAAGUGCUUAUUCAAAAGAGGAGUGAAGUACCCCGAAAGAGUAUUAAAUAGCACGAAAGGUGCUAUCUCUAUAAUGUUCGCAAUAACUGCUGGAGGAGAAUGUCUACCUCCUUACGUUGUAUACAAGGCGGAGCAUUUAUAUACAACAUGGACAUUAAACGGUCCUAAAGGUUCAAGAUACAACCGUUCUAAAUCGGGAUGGUUUGACAGUGUCUUGUUCGAAGAUUGGUUUGAAAGUAUUAUUCUACCAUGGGCUAAAAACAAAACCGGUACAAAAGUUUUGAUUGGGGAUAACUUAGCGUCCCACAUAAAUCCCAAAAUUGUGUCAUAUUGUGAAGGAAAUAAUAUACGUUUUGUAUUUUUACCUCCAAAUUCGUCACAUUUGACACAACCGUUGGACGUCUGUUAUUUCGGGCCAUUAAAAAAACUGUGGCGAGAAAUUUUACUAAAUUACAAAAUAAAGAAUCCAAGACAAACCACGGUUCACAAAGGACAUUUCCCAGAUCUUCUCAAAAAACUGGUGGUACAGCUUAACGAGAAAACAAAUAACAUAAUUAGUGCUUUUAAAAGUACUGGCAUUGCACCAUUUAACCCCGAUAAAGUUAUUUUAAAAAUACCGGAUACAAAUAAAACAACGAUGACGUAUACUGUCGAUGAAGCACUAUUAGAUUGGUUGAAAGAGACACGUAAAGCAGAUCCUAAUAAGAAAGUACGAAAUAAAAAACUAAAUGUCCCACCGGGCAAAUCGGUAUGUACAACGGACUUUGAAAACUUAAAUAUUCUUCCAAAAAAAGUAGGAACAUAUAAAAUACAAAGAAAGACGAAUUCCAACACUAUGCAAUUAAAUCCUGACUUAUUACUGCAGCCACCUUUGAUGCUUAUAAAUCCCGAUAGCCUCAAAACGUUGUGUCUCAGAAGCGUUAACAAUCAUUUGGUUCAGUUAGAGCAAUACCAGUACCCAGGUGAACAAACUUUGCAAGUAUCUGACGUUCAUAAUUUGUGCGAUAUUUCAAAAAAUUACAAUGCAAAUAUGCGAUUCAUAAAUGAAAUACCAAACUGCCUACAAACCAACAAGCCCAAAAUUAUAAUUACCUCGGAUAUCACUAUAAAACCAGGAGAGUUUACAAAACAUCAACAGAUCAAGCAAGGAAACAUCAAUAUCAAACAGAAAAAAUGUAAAAUUACGCGUUCCGCCAUACAUAUGAAAUUAAUUCCAGCAAGAAAAGAAACACUAACCAAAAGAAGAAAAGUUUUUGAAGAUAUUACAGAAGAAAUCAAAGCAUUACACACACAAGUCAUUAGUAAAGUUAGCAAAAAACCUAAAGAAGAAAAUAUGAAAAGAAGAUUAAUAAAAAAAGAAACUAAUAAAGCAAAACAGAAGAAGCAAAAAUGCAAAUCUAUGAAACAAAAGAAGAAAUAUAAUAGUAGUGAAUCUAGCUUUACUUCUGACACUGAAAUAUCUUAUGCUGAUACGGAAGAUUCAGAAUAUGAAACAAUGGACGAUAUCAUCACAAGCCAGCAAGAAGAAGAAAAUAUUGAACCAUCUAUACCCUACGGCAUUUCCGACAUUAAAUAUCUCACAGAGGAUGAUAAAAAGUUAGAAAACGACUCAUGGAUUUUGGCUAAAUUUACAACAAAAAAAAGCAUGAAGCAUUUCGUUGGUAAGGUAAUAUCAAUAAAAGAUAACAUUCCUGAAGUCAAAUUUGUGAGAAAAAAGAAGGAAUCUAAAUUUGAUGGAGGAUUAGUAUUCAGCUAUCCAAGAGUAGAUGAUAUUUGCACCAUGCAACAUUUAGAUGAUGUUAUUAUGAAAUUGCCCGAACCAAAUAUUUCUCGACGCGGCGAAAUCAUAUUUAAUAUCGAUUUGAGUAAUUAUAACGUACAGUAGGUAAAAAAGAUGCUUGUGUAACACAUCAUUUUUUUUAGUACCUACUACAUUCUAACUGAGUGAUUGAGAUUGAUUUAUGUUUUUAACCUGAUUUAAUAACUGAAACCAAAUAAUCGUGCCAUUUUUUGUUUAUCUAUAGUUAUUGUUACAUAAAUGUUGCUUUGUAGUAACGGUCGAUUAAGUAAAUACUAAAUAGGUAGGUAUUCUGUUAAAAUCGAUCGUUUUUAACAGUUUAAGAAACGGUAAUUAUUGAAGAUUCUUUUAAAUCUUACUAAUUAGGUACUGAUUUAAUAAAAAGUCUGAUAUUAGUAUAUAAGAUAUAAUAUUUGUAAGUACCUACAUAGCAAAUAAGUAAUGAUGCUAAAUUGCCUUCAAUUUUCUAUGAAUGUUUGUUUUUAUCUUUUAUACUUUUAAAAAUAAAUAAAUAAUUGUAUACAU